AUGGACGCAAACACGCAAUCGCAACAAACCGAAACAUCCAAAUCCGCACAAAUACUCUCCCAGGAUAACUCCUCCCGCACAACAGCAACAUGCACGAAAACCGAAACCCUACCCACCCCCCGGGCCCGCGACACCGAAUUAUUCCACCCCACCCCCACCAGCACCCUCACAGCCCUCCCGCGCGCACCCCCACCCUGGCGCGCCCGCAAAAAACGCCAACAAGUAAGCAGCUGCACAUGGCGCAAGCAGCUCUGGUGCUCGUCCUGCGAAACCCUCCACCCAAAGAGCUAUUUCACCCCCACCGAACGCCUCGUCCCCGACCACAUCCGGCAGUGCACCGGGACAGUCUCGCACAUCCGCCUGUGCGACCACCUGCAGCGCCUGAACCACUGGGAGAUGCAGCGCGCCGCCGCGCCGUGCUUCCUCGACGCGUCUCCCUCGUCCCCCUCGGCCAGCCGGAUGCUCUGCCCCGAGUCGUGCGUCGCCGUCGAGCAGUACUACCCGCGCUCAUCACCCGCCGCACGGCCACGCGGUCGCGGCUGUGGCGGGGGACAGCAGCACCAUGGGGCAAGGAGGCGCUCGUCGUCGAUGCAGUUGGUGAGGAAGCACGUGAGGCUGGAUGUCGAUGACAGGGCGCGGCUGGGGGUCGAUGAUCACGAGUUGCUGGCGGGCGUUUUCGCGGCGGAUGCGCAGCUGUGCCCGCAUUUGCGCGUUGCGGACUGUUUAAACGACUUUCGCUUUUGCGGGGCGCCGACGGCGCAUUUCCAUCCGAAGGGGCAGGACGAGUGUGGGAAGAAGUGUAGCGAGUUUUUUUGGUGCCCGAGGGCGUAUGAGGGGUGUAAUACGUCACUGUACCUUUACAGUCGUAGGGUGCAUUAUCCGUCGCUUAGGAGGGGGAGUGAGAUUGCUGUUGUGAGUGGUGGUGCUGGGGAGGAGGGCGAGACUACGGGGGAGGAUGUGGCGAGGGAGAAGGUGGAGAAGGAUAAUGGAGGGUCGUUCGACCAGAUCCAUUUGCUGUCGUUCCGGAAUCUGGGGCCGAUGGACGAUCCGAACGAUACGGCAUGGUUGAUGCAGUUGGACGAUGGAUGGAGAGGAUGUGUGAAGCGGAACAAGGCCAAGUUCUGGUCGAGAAUACGUAGGAAAGCCCGCAAGCUAUUGCGGCACUGA